AUGGCCAAGGACGGCAAAAUAAUUUUCAAGCCUGGGGAAUUAGCCCAAGAGACGAGAAACUACUUGGAAAAAAGAAAUAAGUUAAUUCAAGAGAACUAUGCAAAGAUCGAAGCUCUGGGGUGUAAGCAAUUGGCAAAUCCAUUUUUAAAGAAAAGUACAACUGCUGGAAAGAGAAGAAACAAGAUGGAUUGUGCUGUUAAUGGUGACGAUGAUUGGCAACCAAGAGACGGUGAGGAUGGGAGUAGUUCUUGCUCCGAAGAUGAUGAAUGUUCCUUGGAAGAUGAAGAAUGUUCUGGGGCUCGAUUGAGUAAGGUGGCUACUACAAGAAAGCGUGUACAAUUGUCAGCUGGACCAAUGAGUGCUAUAUUGCAGCCUUUGCGUACCAUUAAUCAAGACCAACAUGAAAAUCAGCAAGUACAGUCGCAGGUGCAAGCAAAGCGAGUGCGAUGUCAAGCUGCACCCAUGAGUGCUAUAUUGCAGCCUUUGCCUACCAUUAGUCAAGACCAUCAUGAAAAUCAGUCGGUACAAUUGCAGGCGCAGCCGCAAGUGCAAGCAAAGCAAGUACGAUGUCGGGCUGUACCUAUGAGUACUAUAUUGCAGCCUUUGCCUACCAUUAGUCAAGACCAGCAUGGAAAUGAACCACCACCAAACUAUCAUGACUUCCAAUCCCCAUCUGAUGAAGGUCACAUAAAUGAGAGAGCCAUGGAGCUAGAAUCACAUCAACAUUCUAUGAGCAGUCACACUACUCCAAACUUGCACUCGCUAGAACAAAGCAAUGAAGGGUCAAGAACUUCAGUUGCUCCAGCAGUUACUUGCAUUUACUUGUUUAUGUUCAUUAUUCCAUAUUAUUCUUUACUAGAUCCCAACUCGCAACAACAGAGACCCAGGGGGAGAGGCUUUGCUCGUCCGUAUGUUGGGUGGGGUACAGGAGGGAAGUUAGAAGUUAAAUUGAAUAAAGACAAUCAACCAAUAGGUAACACGGCAGGUCCCUUACAAAGUCAACUUGGCAUCUUAGCAAGAAACGCAACUUUGGCACCCUUAACUUUUACUGAUUGGAGGGCUCCGGAGCUAUAUCCAUACAAGGAGCGCAUAUGGGCAGAGGUUAAGGAAAAUACAACCGCACCAGAUGCUUAUAAGCAUAAUUGUCUGAUGUCCGUUGGAAAGAAAUGGAAGGAUUGGAAAGAUGAGCUUAAAAGAACUACUUAUAAAUUAUAUGAUAAUGAUGAAGACCGUUUGGCGAAUUGUCCGAAUAGGGUCGAUCCUGAUCAAUGGAGAGUUCUUGUGCAAUUUUGGGGUACUAAAACAGCCAAGAGACGUAGUAAAACCAACCUUAAAAGCAGACACGAACAGAAAAUGGGACACACAAGUGGGAGGAAAGGCCAUUGUCGUGUAAGGGAUGAGUUGACACAGAUUAAGGAUGGAGUAGUAGUAGAGCCCGAUCGUAUACAGGUAUUCAUUAAGACUCAUACGAAGAAAGAUGGACAACCAGUUGAUGAAGCAUCAGCUUUGGCCAUACGUCGUCUAAAUGAGGGAGCCUCUCAGAUUCCUGAGUCUUCAGAGUCACCUGCUUUACGGGAGGAGUUAUUCACUAACGUACUAAAACCAGAUAGGAAUGGACGUGUGCGUACCUAUGGCCUGGGUCGUUGUCCGAGUCAAGUGUUUGGGACCAGAUAUACCCGAUCUCAGGAGCAGCGUGUCAAGGAUCAGUUGCGUGCGGAGUUGCAUGCUGAGUUAGGGGCAGAGUUGCGUGCAGAGUUGCGUGCAGAGUUGCGUGCAGAGUUGCGACAAGAGGUGCUAAGAGACGUAAAUGAUGAAAUCACUCAAUUGAAGAACCAAUAUGCAACCGUGGCAGCUUAUAUGAAAAGUGCAGGACAUCCUUUGCCUCCACCAAAUGGAGCUGGAAAUGGAGAUGGAGAUCACACACCGUCACUAAUGGAGCACAAUGGACAGGUUGAUAGGACAUAGACGGACAUGGAAGACAUGCAAUAGGAAUGACGGGAAAUCUUCUUGAUUAUGAAAACUGCUUAUGUUUUGGAGUUCACGACCAAAAGCAUAUUUUGGGUAUUUGUGUUGCUUUGGUUAGUAUGAUCUUUUGUUUUUGGAGAUACACAUGCAAUUGAAACUUAUAUUUUGACGCUUUGGGUUUGAUUUUCACAUUGGUAUUCAAAGCCUAGCAUUGUUAUUUUUUGUUGCUUUGAGAAAUGUCUUUACGAUGUCCAAUUUGCUUAUAUACGGAACUUGCAUUUUGGUUUC